AGUCUGCGAUUGGCUGUCGCGGUGUGAGGUGUCUGGGGCCGCCGCUUGGCUUGGGGAUCGGCUAGGGCUCGAUACAAAUUUAUCGGGAAGGGGGCAGUGAAGCAUCCUAGUUAUGUGAGUGACUAUGUCAUAUGUGGUGCGAUGAAGCUAUGAUCAUUUUUCAUAGCAGCGGGACUGAUAAAGUGGUUGAGAAGUGAGCGAGUGAAGUGCUGUGCGUGAGGGUGGGGUGCUUGACACACAUUUAUUCCUUUCGCCCGGCAUUAACCAUUGAUUUAAAGCAGAUUUGAAGCGCUAGCGCCGGGGCCGGACCGCGUCGUCGCUGAUCGUGGUCGUACGGCUGACCUGCUGGUGACCUGCCGCACCGGCUGGCGUCCUUCGAUCGACCCGUGACACCGACCGUGGAGUGGCCUUCCGCACACCUGAGAUAGCUGGCGAUCCACGGGACUUCUCCGAGUGUCCUGCCUGUGCGGUGCCGAACCGCGGCCGUCGGGACGCUGCGGGCCCGUCGGUCCGGGCUGGGAGUGAGUGACCUGACCGACCGCAGCAGCAGCCACCUGCACCCCAGUCAGCGCCAUGGCGGACCUCGAGGCGGUGCUGGCGGAUGUCAGCUACCUCAUGGCCAUGGAGAAGUCCAAGUCGACGCCGGCGGCGCGGGCCAGCAAGAAGAUCGUCCUGCCCGACCCCAGCGUGCGGAGUGUAAUGCACAAAUACAUGGAGAAGAUGGGCGAAGUCACUUUCGACAAGAUAUUCAACCAGCGACUAGGGUACCUUCUAUUCAAGGAAUACUGUGAGCAGUGUGUGGUGGAUCCCGUACCACAACUUAACUUCUAUGAAGAGAUAAAAAAGUUUGAAAAAUUAGACAAAGUGGACGACCGGAGGAAAAACGCCCGCGACAUCUACGACAACUUCAUCAUGAAGGAGCUGCUCUCACACACGCACAAUUACUCGAAACAGUCGGUGAGCCACGUUCAGAAGUACUUAACGAAGAAUGAAGUGCCCGCCAAUCUCUUUGAGCCAUACAUUGAGGAGAUUUUCAACCACUUGCGAGGCGAGCUCUUCAUGGGAUUCAUCGAAAGUGAGAAGUACACCAGGUUUACCCAGUGGAAAAACUUGGAGCUCAACAUUCAGCUGACGAUGAACGACUUCAGUGUGCACCGAAUCAUCGGAAGGGGAGGCUUCGGCGAAGUGUACGGUUGUCGCAAGGCCGACACGGGCAAAAUGUACGCCAUGAAGUGUCUGGACAAGAAGCGCAUCAAGAUGAAGCAGGGCGAGACGCUGGCGCUUAAUGAGAGGAUCAUGCUCUCACUCGUCAGCACAGGGGCUGAUUGUCCCUUCAUCGUGUGUAUGACGUACGCGUUCCACACGCCGGACAAGCUGUGCUUCAUCCUGGACCUGAUGAACGGCGGAGACCUGCACUACCACCUCAGCCAGCACGGCGUCUUCAACGAGAACGAGAUGCGCUUCUACGGCGCCGAGGUCAUACUGGGUCAGUUGGGGUAG